GCUGCACAAGCACAACAGAAAUUCUGACAGUAGUGACAAUCCGUCGAGACGUACAUCCAUUCGUGCGUUCGUUGUUAGUUGUAUAGAAAAGUUUGAAGUAGUGAGUAGUGCUGGUGGUGUUUAGUCAGUCUCGCCCAUCGUGCUCUCGGUUUCUUAGAAUAUUUCAUUUGUUGUAUUGUUUAAAAAAAAAACAACAGUCACACUUCAAUAUUUCGACUACAACAACGAAGAAGCAGCCACUAUUGCCUUUUCCACAUCAGUCAAACAACACAGUAGGGCUGGCUGGCUGUUUAACUAAUUCAUGCUAUGUUGCUGCUGAUGAUGCUAUGGUGUAAAAUUUCAUAGUAGUUGUGUGUUCAUCGUUCAUCGUGUAAAAAGUACGAGAAAUAUUGAAAACAAAAAUAACAAAACGAAAAUCAAACUAUAGGAGAGUAGCAAAAUACAAGUGAAACUCAUUAACGAAUAGUGUUUGGUGAAGAAGAUUAAAUAAAAAAGAAAACAAAAAAGAAACAUUCUCCAAUUCCUAAAGCAUAAUAAAUAAUAACCCAAGCUGGCAUAGAAUCUCCCACAGAUACAAGUAUCUAAAACAACGAGCUAUUGAACCGGGCGGCUGGCUUCAUACACAAUCCAACAGAUGUUUUACUAAAAAUACCUGCCUCUCAUUCUUUGUUGGUUCUUGAGUGUUGCGUCGUCAAAAAAUAGCAUUGUUCUUAAUUUAUAUGUAAUUUGUGUUGAUGGUGUGGUGCAGUGGCAUUUACAUACACUCCGCUGAGAUCAUUCAUUAUUCAAGUCGUCCACGUCUUUUGGUUGGUUGUUACUACUUUCAUUAAUCUGCCGUAGGCUAUUAGGCGGCACAAGGAACGUGGCAAUUUCACACAACACACACUCAGCAAUUAUAUUGUACUGUAUAUCUAUCGAAAAAGGCACGUCAGAACAACUAAACGCAAAGAUUGUGAAACAAAAAAACAAAAAUGCUACCCAACUAUGGUCCUGUCACACAAGCCCUUCUGGGCACCCUCUUGACAUGGGGUCUCACAGCCUUGGGAGCCGGCUGUGUCAUCUUUGUGCGUGGUAAUCAACGCAAAUCUCUGGAUGCUGCAUUGGGUUUUGCCGCUGGCGUUAUGGUGGCCGCCUCUUUCUGGUCUCUGCUCAGUCCAGCCAUAGAAAUGGCUUCAACGUCACACCUAUAUGGAAUAUAUUCAUUUUUACCCGUCUCUGGAGGCUUUCUAUUGGGUGCCAUCUUCGUCUAUGGCUGUGAUAAACUCAUGUCUUAUUUGGGCCUUAACUCUUCCAAUAUGAUGAUACAAAUGACUCAAACCAACAAGGAUAAGGCUGAAAUUGCCUUGGAUGACAUAAAGAAUGGCGGUCAUAAUAGCACAGGUAACGGGGGCAUGGAAGGUGCCAAAAGUAUGGAUAGCUUUUCGGAUUGCCUAAGUGUGCAACAUAGUCAUACGGAACCCAGACGACGCAAAAAGGGCAGUGUUGACCAAGAGCGUACCAACACCACCUAUGUAACCGAUGCCGAGAAAAAUGAGGCUCAAAGUGCUGCGGCCCAAUGGAAACGUAUUAUGCUUUUGGUGGUGGCCAUUACUGUGCACAAUAUACCCGAAGGCUUGGCAGUGGGUGUUAGUUUUGGAGCUGUAGGCAGCACCAAUGCAUCCACCUUUGAUGCUGCACGCAACUUGGCCAUUGGUAUUGGCAUACAAAACUUCCCUGAGGGCUUGGCCGUUAGCUUGCCCUUGCAUGCUGCCGGUUUUAGUGUACCACGCGCCAUGUGGUAUGGCCAAUUGUCGGGCAUGGUGGAGCCGAUUUUUGGCAUUUUGGGAGCUGUCGCUGUGACCUUUGCUAAUCUAAUAUUGCCCUAUGCUUUAUCCUUUGCUGCUGGCGCCAUGAUUUACAUUGUAGCCGAUGAUAUAUUGCCCGAAGCACAUGCAAGCGGCAAUGGAACAAUAGCCACCUGGGGUACCAUAGCUGGGUUUCUGAUAAUGAUGUGUCUGGAAGUUACACUGUCGUGAUGCUGCUGUUGUUGUUUUUACUGUUACUACUAUAGCUGUUGUUGUGAAUUUGUACAAAACAAUGUGAGAGAAGCUGUGGCAGCCGCUAACAGCAGAUUAGCCAUUCCUAGAAAAGUUGUUUCUUCUAAAGCUUUUCGUUCAAAUGAUGAUGAUAUACACCAUAAUGUACUGUUUAUUGUUAAUUAAGUAGACAAUAUUUCCAACAAAAAACAAAAAACAAACGAAAGAGAACAUUGAAAAUUUACAAAAAAAGAAAAAACUGCUAUGCAAAAUGGAAAUUGUGACAAAAGGGAUUUUCAAAGUGGCUGUCUUAAUACUUUUAAUUUUACAAUAUAAACAAACAAUAAUAUUAUGGAUAAAACAUUGAUUUAACAAAAAGGUCUUUGAAAAAGCCACCUUUUUAUAUACAUAUGUAUGUGUAUGUAUAGCAAAAACUAUAUUUUGUAUGUUUUAAUAUAACAGAGUAAGAAAACUUUGCUAAGAUUUUUUAAUAAUUUAAAAUGACUACUACUUUAAGUGAAAAAUCACAAACUCGCACACAACCCACUUAAUAAAAAAAAUGUAACUAAGCUAUAAUUUCAAUAGAAUUUAAUAUUUUUUCUUAUAAAACCAAAACUGCAAGUAAUGGGGAUUUUUAUUUUUUUUUUUUGCAAUGUCUACCAUACCCCCAAGUACUUAAAUAAUAAAGGACCAUUUCACAAUUUCCAUAUAUUUUAAAAUUAAAUUAGAAAAAAAAAACAAUAAUUAUAUAUACAAAUCUCUAGUAUUGCGCUUUAGCCUUAAUCUCAUGAUUUUAUUUUGUAUUUUAUUUACAAAAAAAAAAAAACAGCCUAAUUGUAAAAUUAGCUUUUGUUUUAAGUACCUAAUGUUGUAAUUAUUUUUCUUAUUGUAUUAUAAUAGAGAAAGAAUGAUAAUAAUGAUUACAAAACUUAGAUAAUCGAAAUAGUAAGACCUUAAUGUAUAUUUAGACCUAUGUAUAAUCAUCUGCAGAAAAAAAAUCCAAAAAAAUUGAAAAAUCCCAGAAAAAAAAGUGAUUUCAAAAAUCGCAAAUAAAAGCAUGUUUUAAACUUUA